UUCACACUAUGUGUAGCUUGUCGUUACGGUUAGCAAAACAGCUAUUGAAACCGGAUGAGUAUCUGCAGUUAAUCCCUAAGAUGAUUUUUAGUUACACAGGGAAUAGAUUGUUUAGUGUUUUGGCAUGUAUAGAAAAAUAAAGACCUCUCUGAGAUUCUGCUAGUUGUUGGUUCUUCCCGGCUUUUCUCUUACUUGGUGCUGGAAAGAUGAACGGAUUGUCGGUGAGCGAGUUGUGUGGCCUUUUUUGUUGCCCUCCUUGCCCGAGUCGGAUCGCAGCAAAACUGGCCUUCCUUCCCCCGGAGCCCACUUACACUUUACUGCCUGAACUUGACUCACCCACGACCAUAACAUCAAACCAGAGCGCAUCGGGCCUGCGGUCUCGCCUUAGUCGGAGAGGAGGAGGUGGAGGAGACAGAGGUGGAGAGGGCAGAUGGAAACUCCAUCUGUCAGAGCGAGCCGAGUUCCAGUACUCCCAAAGAGAGCUUGACAGGACAGAAGUCUUCCUGACUCGUUCCAGUCGUGGGAACAAAGUAGGAUGCAUGUACAUCCGCUGUGCCCCGACAGCCAGGUACACAGUGCUGUUCUCCCAUGGUAAUGCUGUGGAUCUGGGUCAGAUGAGUAGCUUCUACAUCGGCCUUGGCACACGCAUCAACUGCAACAUCUUCUCUUACGACUACUCGGGUUAUGGAGCCAGCACAGGGAAGCCGUCUGAGAAAAACCUCUACGCUGACAUAGACGCUGCAUGGCACGCACUCCGCACCAGAUAUGGGAUAAGUCCAGAGAACAUCAUCCUGUAUGGCCAGAGCAUUGGCACAGUGCCCACGGUGGAUUUGGCUUCACGUUAUGAGUGCGCUGCCGUUGUCCUCCACUCCCCUCUCACCUCGGGCAUGAGAGUAGCCUUCCCCGACACCAAGAAAACCUACUGCUUUGACGCCUUUCCCAACAUCGAGAAGGUGUCAAAGAUCACAUCUCCUGUGCUGAUUAUCCACGGCACCGAGGACGAGGUGAUCGAUUUCUCGCACGGCCUUGCCCUAUUUGAGCGCUGCCCCAAGGCCGUGGAGCCGCUGUGGGUGGAGGGAGCCGGCCACAAUGACAUCGAGCUCUACAGCCAGUACCUGGAGCGCCUGCGCCGCUUCAUCAGUCAAGAACUGACCGCCCAGUAUGCCUGAAAAUCCAGCAGUUUCAAAGCUCAGUCCAGGUCAAACGAACACUCCAGUGUCAACUGAAGGGCCUGCUUCAACAACAACUUCCACUCUGUAGGCUGAUAAAUGUUAACAUGUAAACCUGGAUGGUUCAACAUCUCGAAGCAGUACCUUGUGGGUCCAGUAAAGCAGGGCAAAAAAAAAAGAAAAUCACCACAAACUCUAUUGUCGUUAAUUCUUCGUAUUAUUGUAUUAUGAUGUUAUUAUUUCUUUUUUGCUCGAGGCAUCUACAAGGAGACUGCCAUAAGUGCAAUUUCUUCGAUUGGUUCUUGUUUAGUUUAUUGUUUUGGGCUAGAGGAUUUAAUUUUUUGCUCUUUCCUGUAUGUGUGUGUGUGUGUGUGCUCUCUGCUGGACAGAUUGGGUGUUUUGUCUGACCUUGUGGAGACCGUUAUAUGGAUUAAGUGUGUGUGUGUACUGAUUUAUUACAGACUCUUUAAAAUGCUUUUUGAUCUCAAGCACCUCUUGUGGCCCCUUUUUCAGUUUUAUUUGUCCCUUUCUUAAUGCAUUCGGAUUGCCAGCCAGCAGCAUCUUGUGUCUGGGUGUGUGUUUAGCAAGACAUGAGCUGAGCGAUAAAUUUAGGCAGCAAGCAAUAUAACUUGGGUUACUGUGAAUACAACAAUAAGGCAACCUUGAGAUAUAUAAAAUAAAACUCGCCCGGCCACUACACACCACUUUACUUAAAAAAAAACCAAACAAUAUUAAUAAAAGGCAAAUAAAAAAAAAUAAUAAUUUCACGCAAAUAACACGGUUACAUGAAUGUAGCUUUCAUCUUUCAUUCUCCACAAUAACGCUUCAACUUAUGAGUAACUAGCGCUCUCUUUCUACCUGAGCUUAUUCAUCAUGGUGUUUUCCUCUGACUUCCAUUUGUGGCUUUCCUGAACACUAUAAAUCUUGUAUAUAUAUUUCCCUAAAUGUCCUGUCGCGCACAUUCUCACUCUGUCUCUCUGUGACACUUAUUUACUUCCACACUCUACAAUCUAUUCACACAUCGUGUCAGUGCCUCACCUUUUAAUUCACAAGUUUUCUUCAGAAAUAAGAAAAGGGAAGUUCUGUUCUCUUUUUCAAACUUUCUGACAUUCUUCAACUCUUUCCUCUUUCCACUUUCUCAUAGUGGCAGUGUUGGUAAAGCUUAAGAGUUUUUGAAUAUGAACACACAAAAGAAAAACACUUUGCUAGUUUUUAAGAUAUCCUUCCUCUUUUUGGUAUUUCUUAUUGCAAUCAGUUUUUUU